AUGUCCGUCAAUUCGUUCCCCGCGCAGUCCUCCUCGCCGCUUGGUCGGAAUCGCAGCUCCCUCCUGUCCAAGUUCCGCUCCCAACUCGGUCAACGCAAUCGCAGUCUCGCCGAUUUUUAUAUCGAACCCGACGAUCCCUGGCGCUCGUACUUCCCGGGCGAUGUCGUCACGGGUACCGUCGUCCUCACCGUCGUCCGCCCCGUGCGCAUCACCCACCUCGUCAUCAGUCUCCAUGGCGUCGUCAAGGUCUUCAAGAAUACCGUCCCCUCCGGGGAAGCCGCCCCGGAGGUGUCGUCCCUGGGUCCUGGCCGCGGGCGGCGCGGGGCCGAAUAUCUGGGCAACGGCUUGGCCACCCUCUUCGAGGACGAGGUUGUCCUCUGCGGUGAGGGUCGUCUCAAGGAGGGCAUCUACAAGUUUCGCUUCGAGAUGUCCUUCCCGCCGUACGCCCUGCCCAGUAGCAUCAGCUUCGAGCGCGGCACCAUCGCCUAUUUCCUUACAUCCACCCUGACCAAACCGACCACCAUAAAUCCCACCCUCACCUGCCGCCGUCGCAUCAACCUUCUCGAAAACAUCGACAUCGCCCCCUUCCCCGCCCCCAAGGCGCGCAUCGUCACCCUCGAGCCCGUUUCCAGACGCUCCAAGUCCAAGGCGAAACCUCGAUCCAGCGCGACCGAUCCUCCCACCGACUCCCCAACAUCGCUGGACCCCGGCCACGGCGCAUCCGCGUCCGACCCGCCCCCGUUGAGCCCGGCCCCCAGCAACGUCAGCUCGUCGAGUCACCGGAGCAACAGCACCCAGAGCUUCCAGAUCACCGGCAGCGACCCCAGCUCGUCCACCGGGACCGGCGUGCGCACCAGCGAGGCCCGCAGCCUCACCCCGUCCCUGGGGGAUCGGACCAUCACCGCCAAGACCGAGGUCCUCCGCGCCGGCGUCCUCCCCGGCGACACCCUCCCCAUCCAGGUCACCAUCGCCCACUGCAAGCAGGUGCGCAGCGCCCACGGCAUCAUCGUCACCCUCUACCGCCAGGGUCGCAUCGACCUCCACCCGGCCAUCCCGGUCGGCCGGUCCGCCGAGGGCAAGAAACCCGUCUACGAGGACUACUACCCGCGCUCCCGCACAGGCCUGGGCGGGCUCACUCUCGGUACCAGCCGCAGCAGCAGCGUCUUCCGGAAGGACCUCGCCCAGGGCUUUGCGCCCCUGGUCGUAGACCCGUCCACCCUGACCGCUGUCGUCAAGACCUCGAUCCGCAUUCCCGAGGACACCUUCCCGACCAUCACGCGCACCCCGGGCAGCAUGAUCAACUUCCGCUACUACGUCGAGGUCGUCGUCGACCUGCGCGGCAAAGUCAUGGCACCCGAUCGCUUCCUGCCGCGCUUCAACCUCAUGUCGUCCGGCGGCAACUUCUCGCCGAGCGGCAAGGUCCUCAACUCGCCCGACGCCGGCAGCGGCGCCGCCAUCACCGCCAACUGGUCGGGCAACAUCCUCGACACGGACCAGAUUCGCCGCGAGAAGGGCGUCGUCGCCGUCGCCUUCGAGGUCGUCAUCGGCACGCGCGACUCGCACCGUACGCCGUCGGCCCAGCGCACCCCGUCCACUGCCGCCGGAUCCGACGCGCGUUCCGAGGAUCACGGGUCGCCGGAGGAGCCGACGAGCCCGCGGCGCGCGGGAGAGACCGCCGACCCGACCGCUUCGCCCGCCGACUACGGGUUCCCGCCCCCAGAUGCCUACUGGACCGAGUACCCCGAAGGGCCGCCACCGCCGCCGCGACCGUUCCAGUCGCUGGGCGAGAUGGUGGCCACGCCGCCGACGGAGGAACCGGUCGACGAGAAGACGCGACUCCGGCGCGCGGAGCAGACCCUGCUCCCCAGUCAGCCGCCCGCGGCGGGAGCGGCGGAGGCAGAAGAUGCGGGCGUGGGGCCCUCGUCCGCGCCGGACGCGGCUACGCCCACGGCGCCGGUGCUCGAGGACGACGACCGCUCCAUCCACGGCUACCAGCAUCUACCGUCUCCCGCGGUGGACGGCAGCGGCAGCCGAUCCGCUCUCCCGUCGGCGGACUCAGACCAGACGGUGGUCCCGGGCGGGCCGCACGUGGACGACAAGCAGGAGCUGGAACGACGGCGCCUGCUGAUGGAGGCCAGCGCGCCAGGGGACCACGAUUCUCCUGUCGCGGACGGGCCCAGUGCCCCUUUAUUCCACGAGGACGAUGACACCCCGCUGGUCGGGCGUACGGCCCCCGCGGAUGAGACUCUACCUCGCUAUCAGCGAUAA